AUGGAUUAAAAGAAAAAAAGUCAACUUAUUAAAGGAUAUUGCAACGGAUUAAUAUUUUCAAUAUUCUUGGGGAUCUAUGAUUAUCCUCUAAACUCUGCAAAUCCCUCCUGGACUAAAUCAUAAGUUAGAUUAGACUAUGCUAAAUUCAUAGGAAAACAAACAUUGUGGUUUCCUCCUAUGCUUGCUUUAUUUUAAAUUACAUGUGCUCAGAUGGAACAUUGGGGAUACAAUUAUCCAACAUAAGUUUUGACAGCUUUUGGUGUAGGGAUAUGUUAUUUAGGUAUUGUUAAGUAUAAAUGA